AUGAUGUGCCUUCCAAGCCGCAUUUUUCGGUCUUGCCUCAAUGUCUUGCCAUUUGGCAUCGAACGCUUGUUCUCCCUCGAGAAACAACGUUCUCCCUUCGGGGAAGUAGUUUGCUUGGGUGUCGCUCCCAGCAUAACCGCGCACCGCGUAUUCUGUGCUCCUCUGGAUCCGUUCACCCACGCCGCGACGCGGCUGCUCGCGCCUGAUCUUUCCUAUUUCUACCCCCCCUCGACUUCCCCUUUCUUCGUCGCUCCCGUCAUGGCCACCACUCAGGGCUUUGACGCAGUAAUGGCCGACAACGGAGUCACCGUUCCCUCCGUGAGCGACCUCUUGCCGGACGAGGGACAAUCGAUGCCGCAGGCCAAGAAGAUUUGCACGGGGGAAACCUCGUCGUCUGCGCGACCUGCUCCUGCUCCUGUCAUGGACCCGGUGGCUGACCCUGAAGCGGCCCCGGACUUCACCCUCAACGGUCUGGAGUCCAGCGCGGCGCCAACACAGGUGCUGGCUGGCCCCCUCCAGCGGCUGCGCCGCAAUCGCGACGUGGUCGGAGAGAUUGUACAUAACCUGGUACGAGACACCCUCACUUUGGUCACCAUCAUCUUUCCGGAUAGCCUAGCUGAUGUGCACCGCAACAAGAUCAGCAGUCGUGUUCGCGCUGGUUUGCGUCCUGCCUUCUUCCCGCACUCUAACCGUGUACCUACGUUCGAGUCCUCCCCUGGUGAAGUCCUCCGACUCCCCCGUCGAGCGUACGCGAAGCUGGUGUUCCAGCUCCCCACACGGGAUGACGCCAGGGGCUUCCGCCGAGCAUUCCCGAUGACCUUCAACUACAACGGUGGUUCUGUCGAGCUGAAGCUCUACGACGAUCCUGAGCCGGCUUUCACGGCGGCCAAAGCCCGGGGUGAAACUCACCUGGUCAUCCGCAACAUCCCCUUCGGGUACUCCGUGAGCGCGAUUCGCCAGCUGCUCACGACGAGCAGCACGCACGAUGCGCGGAAGUGGCUGUCCGACAUCCGCGUUUUCCACAAAACGACCGACCCGUACGAGGAGAUCUCGCAGCCCCAGAUGAUGGGGCUUCCUGUCGCGGAGCCUGACGAUCCUUGCUUCGAAAAUAUCCCCGCGGUACUCUGGCUUGAGGACGCUCAGCUGCCGAUGAUCAUCAACCUGUCAUGUCACUCGUGUGACAUUUGCACGAGCAACCACAGGACGCGUGACCAUCAGUGGUUUGCGGCGACGCGCCGCAGGAAUCUCCCCAACCGUUACACCAUCACAAUCGGGCAACUGCAGAACGUCACGGCCAAGCUGCUCGGACAAACGCUGGUGCCUCUGGCUGUCAAAGCCGACCCCGGGAUCCUGUACAUCGGUUCCGAGGACGAUGUCGAACUGUGGACUUGUGCGAUAUGCGACUUCGAGUGCGGGCCUGCCCUCGACAGUGCCUUUGCGCACAUCCGCUCCCCUGGCCACGGGCUUCGGCUCAUGCAGACGGAGACUCAGACCACUGCCCUGGAGACCUGGGGCCCCAUCAAGGCGCACGAUUUGAGGCAGCGCGAAGAGACCACAACUGCUUGUGUGCUGUUCAGUACGUUGCAACACGCCGUCUGA